CAAAAUAAUCCGGGGAAAUUAGGCCCGAAUUGAAAUUGUAUUAUAUAUCUAAUAACUGAAAGAAGCCAUAAUGUUUUGCUUCAUAUUAGGUGUAUUUUAAUUAUAAGAUGUCUAUUGUAAGCGAUUACACUACAACUGGUCAGUUCUAUACCUUAUUAAAACCAGAGACCACCCUGGAUGAGAGAGUCAUCGUCUUUCUUCACGGGUUGGGUUCAUCCCAGAACUUUCAUUAUCCUGUAGCCAUCAAAUUAGCUCGGCAAUAUACAUGUGUGUUGAUAGAUCACGAAGGUGCUGCUAAUUCUCAAUUGAACAAAGCUUCUUUAACACUUGAUGACUUGUCCAAUAAUGUCGAGCUCAUUCUCAGAGAAGCAGGUUUGCUUUCUAGACAAAUCGUCCUUGUGGGACAUUCUAUGUCUGGUUUAUUAAUUAACUACAUGAAUAUAUUUCAUGCUAAUAAAUUCAAUAUAUUUUCAAAUGUCUUAAUUGCUCCUGUUCAUCCUACUGAACAAGCAGCCGAUAUUUUUGUUAAGAGAAUUGAACUGUUGAAGGGUGCUAAAUCGUUGAAAGAUUUUUCUAAUAUCAUUCCACUGGCUGCUACUGGGUCAGCAACUGACCCUUUGAAGAAAGCAUUCAUAAGACAAUUGCUUUUAAGUCAGUCAGUCGAAGGUUACAUAGCUAACUGCAGUGCCAUAGUUAGUGGAGGCAAAUAUGGUAUUCCUAACAAAUAUGGUCUCAUUAAGAAGCCAACUUUGAUCAUUUACGGAGAUGAGGAUAAGACGGCACCAUGGGUUGGAGGGGUUGAAUUAAUAGAAAAAGAUAUAGAGAACACCACCAUCGUGGAAUUAAGCAAAGUGGGACACUGGAUUGUUAUUGAAGCUCCUGAAGAUGUCUAUGAAAAUAUCAAGAACUUUUUAAAUAGUAAGUAAUUAUUAUACAAUAUAUAUUUAGACAAUCUUACGUUUAAAUCGUAUAAGGUUGAUUCUAAGCUUUACUCUACACAUAUUCUUUUGGUGG